AUGGAUAUAAAAGAUAGAAGACACCGUUCUCUGACGAGGGGCCGGUGUGGAAAGGAAUGUCGCUAUACGAGUUCUUCACUGGACAGUGAAGACUGCAGAGUACCAACUCAGAAGUCUUACAGCUCAAGUGAGACACUGAAGGCAUAUGAUCAUGACACCAGGAUGCAUUAUGGAAAUCGAGUUUCUGACCUGGUUCACAGGGAGUCCGAUGAGUUUCCAAGACAAGGAACAAACUUCACCCUUGCAGAACUAGGAAUCUGUGAGCCCUCUCCCCAUCGAAGUGGCUACUGCUCAGACAUAGGAAUACUCCAUCAAGGCUAUUCCUUGAGCACGGGCUCUGAUGCUGACUCAGACACGGAGGGAGGAAUGUCUCCAGAGCAUGCCAUCAGGCUGUGGGGAAGAGGGAUCAAAUCCAGGCGAAGUUCCGGUCUGUCAAGUCGUGAAAAUUCAGCGCUCACACUUACUGACUCCGACAAUGAAAAUAAGUCAGAUGAGGAGAACGAUUUUCACACACACCUUUCUGAGAAAUUGAAAGACAGACAGACAAGCUGGCAGCAGCUGGCUGAGACAAAGAACUCUCUCAUACGUCGUCCCAUUCCACCUACAUCCUCGUCUAGCCUUCUCCCAUCUGCUCAGCUGCCCAGUUCUCAUAAUCCUCCACCAGUUAGCUGCCAGAUGCCAUUGCUAGACAGCAACACGUCCCAUCAAAUCAUGGACACCAAUCCUGACGAGGAGUUCUCUCCUAAUUCAUAUCUGCUAAGAGCGUGUUCAGGGCCACAGCAGGCUUCCAGCAGUGGCCCUUCAAAUCAUCACAGCCAGUCAACGCUGAGGCCGCCUCUCCCUCCUCCUCACAACCAUUCGCUGUCCCAUCAUCAUUCUUCUGCCAACUCCCUCAACAGGAACUCGCUCACAAAUCGCCGGAACCAGAUCCAUGCGCCUGCUCCGGCGCCCAAUGACCUGGCCACCACCCCCGAGUCCGUGCAGCUCCAGGACAGCUGGGUGCUCAACAGCAACGUCCCGCUCGAGACCAGGCAUUUCUUGUUUAAGACAUCUUCUGGAACUACUCCGCUGUUCAGUAGUUCUUCCCCUGGUUACCCGCUGACCUCAGGAACAGUUUAUACUCCACCUCCCAGACUGUUACCCAGAAAUACAUUCUCCAGGAAUGCAUUCAAGCUGAAAAAACCCUCAAAGUAUUGUAGCUGGAAAUGUGCUGCUUUAUCUGCAAUUGCUGCUGCAGUCCUGCUUGCCAUCCUGCUAGCAUAUUUCAUAGGACCAUGGGUCACUAGGAAUAGCAGCAUAGAUAGCGGAGAAGCAGAAGUUGGCCGCAGGGUCACGCAGGAAGUGCCCCCUGGAGUUUUUUGGCGGUCUCAGAUCCAUAUCAGCCAGCCACAGUUCCUGAAGUUCAACAUAUCCUUAGGGAAGGAUGCUCUUUUUGGUGUUUAUAUAAGAAGAGGACUCCCACCAUCACAUGCCCAGUAUGAUUUCAUGGAACGCUUGGAUGGGAAAGAGAAAUGGAGUGUGGUGGAGUCCCCACGGGAACGUCGAAGUAUUCAGACCCUCGUUCAGAAUGAGGCUGUGUUUGUUCAAUACUUGGAUGUGGGUUUGUGGCACCUGGCAUUUUACAACGAUGGCAAGGACAAAGAAGUGGUCUCUUUCAGUACCGUUAUUUUGGAUUCAGUGCAAGACUGUCCACGUAAUUGUCAUGGGAAUGGCGAGUGUGUAUCCGGUGUGUGCCAUUGUUUUCCAGGAUUUCAUGGAGCAGAUUGUGCUAAAGCUGCCUGCCCGGUUCUGUGUAGUGGCAAUGGUCAGUACUCUAAAGGCACCUGCUUAUGCUACAGUGGCUGGAAAGGUCCAGAAUGUGAUGUACCCAUCAGCCAGUGUAUCGAUCCCUCGUGUGGAGGUCAUGGUUCCUGCAUCGAAGGGAACUGUGUCUGUUCUGUUGGCUAUAAAGGAGAAAACUGUGAAGAAGUUGAUUGCUUGGAUCCAACGUGCUCCAAUCACGGAGUCUGUGUGAAUGGAGAAUGUCUCUGCAGCCCGGGUUGGGGUGGAAUAAAUUGUGAGCUUCCCAGAGCCCAGUGUCCAGACCAGUGUAGCGGGCAUGGUACCUACCUGUCUGACACAGGGCUUUGUAGCUGUGAUCCCAACUGGAUGGGUCCUGACUGCUCCGUUGAAGUGUGCUCUGUAGACUGCGGCACUCACGGGGUGUGCAUUGGCGGAGCAUGUCGCUGCGAAGAAGGGUGGACAGGAGUGGCGUGUGACCAGCGCGUGUGUCAUCCCCGUUGCACGGAGCACGGAACUUGUAAAGAUGGGAAAUGUGAAUGCAGAGAGGGCUGGAAUGGGGAGCACUGCACCAUUGGUAGGCAAACGACAGGCACCGAAACAGAUGGCUGCCCUGAUUUGUGCAAUGGCAAUGGGAGAUGCACGCUGGGUCAGAACAGCUGGCAGUGUGUCUGCCAGACCGGCUGGAGGGGGCCUGGAUGCAACGUUGCCAUGGAAACCGCCUGUGCCGAUAACAAGGAUAAUGAGGGAGAUGGCUUGGUUGACUGCCUAGACCCAGACUGCUGCCUCCAGUCUACUUGUCAAAAUAGCCUGCUGUGCCGGGGCUCACGUGAUCCUCUUGACAUCAUACAACAGAGCCAUUCUGGUUCACCAGCUGUGAAGUCAUUCUAUGAUCGAAUCAAGCUCUUAGUGGGGAAGGACAGCACUCAUAUCAUCCCAGGAGAAAAUCCCUUCAACAGCAGUCUUGUGUCUCUUAUAAGAGGCCAAGUGGUGACUACAGAUGGAACUCCUCUAGUUGGAGUCAACGUGUCAUUUGUCAAGUAUCCAAAGUACGGCUAUACCAUCACUCGUCAGGAUGGCACAUUUGACUUGGUUGCAAAUGGCGGAGCAUCCCUAACCUUGCACUUUGAACGGGCCCCAUUUAUGAGUCAGGAAAGGACAGUAUGGUUGCCGUGGAAUAGCUUCUAUGCCAUGGACACACUUGCGAUGAAGACAGAGGAGAACUCCAUUCCCAGCUGUGAUCUAAGUGGUUUUGUCCGUCCUGAUCCAGUCAUCAUUUCAUCACCACUUUCAACUUUCUUCAGUGAUGCUCCUGGCCGGAAUCCCAUUGUACCAGAAACCCAGGUUCUUCAUGAAGAAAUUGAGAUCCCUGGUUCUAGCAUAAAGCUGAGCUACCUGAGUUCCCGUACUGCUGGAUACAAAUCCUUGCUUAAGAUUGCCAUGACUCAGUCACUUGUGCCACUGAAUCUAAUCAAAGUUCAUUUGAUGGUAGCAGUAGAAGGGCAUCUGUUUCAAAAAUCAUUUCAGGCAUCUCCCAACUUGGCAUAUACAUUUAUCUGGGACAAAACAGAUGCAUAUGGUCAGAAGGUUUAUGGGUUGUCGGAUGCUGUAGUUUCUGUGGGGUUUGAGUAUGAGACUUGCCCCAAUCUCAUUUUGUGGGAGAAGAGGACUGCACUGCUGCAAGGAUUUGAACUAGAUCCUUCAAAUUUAGGAGGAUGGUCUUUGGAUAAACAUCAUGUACUUAAUGUGAAGAGUGGUAUAUUGCACAAAGGCAAUGGAGAAAAUCAGUUUCUAACUCAGCAGCCAGCUGUGAUAACCAGCAUUAUGGGGAAUGGGCGCCGAAGAAGCAUAUCCUGUCCUAGCUGCAAUGGUCUGGCAGAAGGAAAUAAGCUUUUGGCCCCUGUAGCACUGGCAGUGGGUAUUGAUGGAAGUCUCUUCGUUGGAGAUUUUAACUAUAUUCGGCGUAUCUUCCCAUCCAGGAAUGUUACUAGUAUAUUGGAGCUGAGCAACAAUCCUGCUCAUAAAUACUAUCUGGCCGUGGACCCUGUUUCAGGCUCACUGUACGUAUCGGACACCAAUAGUCGACGGAUCUACAAAGUCAAGUCCCUCAGUGGCACGAAAGACCUAGCUGGUAACUCUGAAGUGGUAGCAGGGACUGGAGAGCAAUGCCUGCCCUUUGACGAAGCCAGAUGCGGGGAUGGAGGGAAGGCAGUGGAUGCAACCCUAAUGAGCCCUCGAGGAAUUGCAGUGGAUAAGUAUGGACUCAUGUAUUUUGUUGAUGCCACUAUGAUUAGAAAAGUGGAUCAGAAUGGAAUUAUAUCAACCCUGCUGGGCUCCAAUGACCUAACUGCUGUUCGACCUCUCAGCUGUGAUUCCAGCAUGGAUGUCACCCAGGUACGGCUGGAGUGGCCUACUGAUCUCGCUGUCAAUCCCAUGGACAACUCACUUUAUGUCCUAGAGAACAAUGUUAUUUUACGGAUCACAGAAAACCAUCAAGUUAGCAUUAUUGCUGGACGCCCCAUGCACUGCCAGGUUCCUGGUAUAGACUACUCUCUUAGCAAACUGGCUAUUCAUUCUGCACUUGAAUCAGCCAGUGCCAUUGCCAUCUCACACACAGGAGUUCUUUACAUCAGUGAGACAGAUGAAAAAAAAAUUAAUCGGCUACGCCAGGUAACUACCAAUGGAGAAAUAUGCCUUCUUGCAGGGGCAGCUUCAGACUGUGAUUGCAAAAAUGAUGUCAACUGUAAUUGCUAUUCUGGGGAUGAUGGGUAUGCCACUGAUGCCAUCUUAAAUUCACCAUCUUCCUUAGCUGUGGCCCCAGAUGGUACCAUCUACAUAGCUGAUCUUGGAAAUAUCCGCAUUAGGGCUGUCAGUAAAAACAGGCCCAUUCUUAAUUCCUUUAACCAAUAUGAAGCUGCAUCUCCAGGAGAACAGGAGCUGUAUGUCUUCAAUGCUGAUGGGAUUCACCAGUACACUCUCAGCCUUGUUACCGGGGAGUACUUGUACAAUUUCACCUAUAGCAGCGAUAACGAUGUCACGGAGGUGAUGGACAACAAUGGCAACUCCUUGAAGGUCCGUCGGGAUGCCAGUGGGAUGCCCCGCCAUUUACUGAUGCCGGAUAAUCAGAUUGUCACGCUGGCUGUUGGCACUAAUGGUGGACUCAAGCUAGUCUCAACACAGACCCUGGAGCUCGGAUUAAUGACAUAUAACGGAAACAGUGGUCUCUUAGCAACGAAGAGUGAUGAAACAGGAUGGACAACAUUUUAUGACUAUGAUCAUGAAGGGCGUCUGACCAAUGUAACACGUCCCACUGGAGUGGUAACUAGCCUUCAUCGAGAAAUGGAAAAGUCUAUUACCAUCGACAUUGAGAAUUCUAAUCGGGAUGACGAUGUCACGGUCAUCACAAAUCUCUCCUCUGUGGAGGCUUCCUAUACAGUUGUUCAAGAUCAAGUGAGGAACAGCUACCAGCUCUGUAAUAAUGGUACCUUGAGAGUGAUGUAUGCCAAUGGCAUGAGCAUUAGCUUUCACAGCGAACCUCAUGUCCUGGCUGGGACUGUGACUCCCACCAUAGGACGAUGUAAUAUUUCACUACCAAUGGAAAAUGGUUUAAACUCCAUUGAAUGGCGUCUGAGGAAGGAACAGAUUAAAGGCAAAGUGACUGUCUUUGGAAGAAAGCUCAGGGUGCAUGGAAGGAAUUUACUGUCCAUUGAUUACGACCGGAACAUACGCACAGAAAAAAUCUAUGAUGAUCACCGGAAAUUUACGCUGAGGAUAAUUUACGAUCAGCUGGGACGGCCUUUCCUUUGGCUGCCCAGCAGCGGCCUGGCUGCUGUCAACGUGUCUUACUUCUUCAACGGGCGCCUGGCUGGGCUUCAGCGCGGUGCCAUGAGUGAAAGAACAGAUAUCGAUAAGCAAGGCAGGAUCAUAUCGCGCAUGUUUGCAGAUGGGAAAGUUUGGAGCUACACCUAUCUAGAAAAAUCGAUGGUACUACUGCUUCAAAGUCAACGACAGUACAUCUUCGAGUAUGAUUCUUCAGACCGACUUCACGCUGUUACCAUGCCUAGCGUUGCUCGGCACAGCAUGUCAACUCACACCUCUAUUGGCUACAUUAGAAAUAUUUAUAAUCCCCCGGAAAGCAAUGCAUCAGUGAUUUUUGAUUUCAGUGAUGAUGGGAGGAUUUUGAAAACAUCAUUUUUAGGUACUGGCCGACAAGUCUUCUACAAGUAUGGAAAGCUAUCCAAAUUAUCAGAAAUUGUUUAUGACAGCACUGCAGUUACUUUUGGAUAUGAUGAAACUACAGGUGUUCUAAAAAUGGUGAAUUUGCAAAGUGGAGGUUUUUCUUGUACAAUCCGCUAUCGUAAGAUCGGUCCUCUCGUUGACAAACAAAUCUACAGAUUCUCUGAGGAAGGCAUGGUCAAUGCAAGGUUCGAUUAUACAUAUCAUGAUAAUAGCUUUCGAAUCGCAAGCAUCAAACCCAUAAUAAGUGAGACGCCUCUUCCUGUUGAUCUCUACCGUUACGAUGAGAUUUCUGGCAAAGUAGAGCAUUUUGGCAAAUUUGGAGUUAUUUAUUAUGAUAUAAAUCAAAUUAUUACUACAGCAGUUAUGACACUGAGUAAGCACUUUGAUACCCACGGACGCAUUAAAGAAGUUCAAUAUGAAAUGUUCAGAUCCCUGAUGUACUGGAUGACUGUACAAUAUGACAGCAUGGGAAGGGUGACUAAAAGAGAACUGAAACUUGGUCCAUAUGCCAACACCACCAAGUAUACCUAUGAUUACGAUGGAGAUGGGCAACUGCAAAGCGUAGCAGUAAACGAUAGGCCAACCUGGCGUUACAGUUACGAUCUGAAUGGAAACCUCCAUCUCUUGAAUCCUGGAAACAGUGUCCGGUUGAUGCCUCUGCGCUAUGACCUAAGAGACAGGAUUACGCGCUUAGGUGACAUACCGUACAAAAUUGAUGAUGAUGGAUUCCUGUGUCAGCGAGGCUCAGAUGUAUUUGAGUACAACUCCAAAGGACUCUUAACAAGAGCUUACAACAAAGCAAAUGGGUGGAGCGUUCAGUACCGUUACGACGGACUUGGCCGAAGGGCUUCCUGUAAGACCAACCUGGGGCAUCAUCUACAGUACUUUUAUGCUGAUCUUCACAAUCCAACAAGGGUAACUCAUGUAUACAAUCAUUCCAAUUCAGAAAUUACCUCUUUGUACUACGACCUGCAAGGCCACCUCUUUGCAAUGGAGAGUAGCAGCGGGGAAGAAUACUACGUCGCCUCUGAUAACACAGGCACUCCGUUAGCUGUGUUCAGCAUCAAUGGCCUCAUGAUCAAACAGCUUCAGUACACAGCGUAUGGGGAGAUUUAUUAUGACUCUAACCCUGAUUUCCAGCUGGUUAUUGGCUUCCAUGGAGGCCUGUAUGAUCCUUUAACCAAACUCGUCCAUUUUACCCAAAGGGACUAUGAUGUCCUGGCUGGGCGCUGGACAUCUCCUGAUUACACCAUGUGGAAAAAUAUUGGUAAAGAACCCGCUCCUUUCAAUCUGUACAUGUUCAAGAGUAACAACCCUCUCAGCAAUGAACUGGAUCUAAAGAAUUAUGUAACAGAUGUCAAAAGCUGGUUGGUGAUGUUUGGAUUUCAGCUUAGCAACAUUAUUCCUGGGUUCCCUAGAGCAAAAAUGUACUUCGUGUCACCGCCAUACGAGUUGUCGGAGAGUCAAGCAUGUGAAAAUGGACAGCUAAUUACAGGAGUUCAGCAGACAACAGAAAGACACAACCAAGCUUUCAUGGCUCUCGAGGGACAGGUCAUAUCUAAAAGAUUACAUGCCAGUAUUAGAGAAAAAGCAGGUCACUGGUUCGCAACAACCACUCCUAUCAUUGGGAAAGGAAUCAUGUUUGCUGUGAAGGAAGGCCGUGUAACCACUGGCAUUUCCAGCAUAGCCACAGACGAUAGCAGAAAGAUUGCCUCUGUCCUUAACAGUGCUCACUACCUGGAAAAAAUGCACUACAGCAUCGAGGGGAAGGAUACCCAUUACUUUGUCAAGAUAGGCUCGGCUGACAGCGACCUCGUCACCCUGGCGAUGACCAGCGGGAGGAAGGUCCUGGAGAGCGGAGUCAACGUCACCGUCUCCCAGCCCACUCUCCUCGUCAAUGGCAGGACUCGAAGGUUUACGAAUAUUGAGUUUCAGUAUUCUACCCUGCUGAUCAACAUCCGCUACGGACUGACCCCCGACACGCUGGACGAGGAAAAGGCGCGAGUGUUAGACCAGGCUCGGCAGCGAGCCCUGGGAUCAGCCUGGGCCAAAGAGCAGCAGAAGGCACGGGAUGGCCGAGAGGGCAGCCGCGUAUGGACAGACGGAGAGAAGCAGCAGCUUCUGAAUACGGGAAGGGUUCAAGGUUACGAGGGAUACUAUGUCCUGCCCGUGGAGCAGUACCCAGAGCUAGCAGACAGUAGCAGCAACAUCCAGUUUUUAAGACAGAAUGAAAUGGGAAAGAGGUAA